CAGUGACAUUACCGUAACUGUUGGUCACAGUUUAAAGCAGGAAACGAGAGCGCCCUAUUUCCGCUGCAGCAACGAGAAGUAGUACGUCAUAAAAGAAAGGAAAAUGUGGACUGGAAGGACGAACUAAGGCCAGGAGAAUAACCGCGCGCCCAGUUUAAGUCGCUCCCCGACGUUGGUCGCCAGGCAGCUGCUCCCUGUUGUUUCCAUUCGAGUACGCCGCAGCUGAAAGGGUCGAAUCGAGGUCGUUGUUGGCGUAUCGUAAGCAUUCGAUAGCUCGGCUAGCCAAGCUCUAUUAGCCCGCUCGCUAGCGAUGGGCACGAGAGCGAGUCGCCUCCAGGAAGACCCGGUGCCGUCCACACUCGGGAAGGACGGCACCGCCAGGAGAGAAUCAUACCGACGGCCCCGUUGCGCCAGGCCCACCAGUCUCAUGGUGGACUUCUCUGGCAGCUUCGAGGACACCGAAGUCAACCGGAGCCGUUCGGAGGAAGGCAGCGACUCCGACCUGGGCCAGCAUGGCGCGAGCGCUGACGGCAGCCCCGCCGACCACCACGGCAUCGCGGCUAGCAUGAGCCAGGCGUCCCCGACGGACGACAACCACAUUGAGAGCAAGGCUGAGGAGGACGGCAGCACGAGCCCGGAGGCUCCCGUCAACGCCGAGCAUCAGCCUGGGGAGGAAACAGGCCGCACACCCCACCGCACUUUCUCCGAGCGGCUGCCCGGAAAUCGACACGCUGGGGGCCGCAGCGUCGGCGCCAGGUCGGCGCGGGUCAGGGGCACCCACCAGCGGCCGGUGUCAGAGGCUUGGAUCGGCCUAUACCGUGUCAACAACCGCCAUGGCAAUAUCCGCUGUCCUUUCUGCUCCAAGCCGUUCCCGGGCGGCCGCAUUGAGGAUCACCUAUUGAGCUGCCUCACGUCUCCGCCGCUUCCCUACAACACGGAUGUGCUUAGCAAAGACAGCGGCGAGUGCUCCAUCUGUCUAGAGGAUCUUGUGCGGGGCGAGACCAUUGCCAGGCUUGCGUGCCUCUGCGUCUACCACAAGAGCUGCAUUGACGCGUGGGCCAAGGUGAAGCCCUGCUGCCCCGAGCAUCCCUCAGAUUGAAUCCCAAGUCACAUGACUUCCCCCGCCAUGACUCAGGAGACCACAUGCCAACACUCUCUCCUUAUGAAAAGAACAAUGUCAGCCAACCCAUAAAGAAGCUCCGGGCAGCGUGGACCUCCUUCUAUUGGUUCGGAGCAUUUCACCAGGAAACUGUAAACUUUCAAACAAACAACGAUGGCUGCUUUUGGUUUCAACCCCUUGCUUGUCGGGUCGGUUUCUGAUGAUGUAAUCUCCCCCGCCCGCUGUGAUGAGGGUCACCUCCUUUGUAUUUUGAGUAAAAGUGUUGCCUCCAGCUAGGGGGCCGAUCGUUUGACGGAGGUGGGUACGGGUUUCGUCGUUACCGGGUGUUUAGUGUUUUAACAUUUCAAGGGGGCGUUGGUUGGUUAGUGCUCCAUUCUGCGCUGGCGUUUGCACCCAUUUGAGCACUUUUUGUCCCUUGAGGCUUUUUUUUUCUUUCGUGCUUUCUUGAUUCAGUUGCUAAAGAGUGUUCCCACAAGAUUGGACCGGAAAUGAUGCCGAGUGACUGUUUUUUGUGAAUUACCCAGAAUUCUUUGUUACGUUUGUUACAACAUGUUACACAAAGCAAUGGUACUGCUUUUUGAACCCCGACAACACCUUCCCUCCACGACCCGUUUUCCGGAGUCUGCUUUUCAAUCGCCGUUUCGGCCAAGGUCGCGUCGGCCUUAAAGGGACAGCGCCACCUUUUUCUAAUCAAAGGUAUUUCAAAGUAUAUCAUCAAAAUGACCGUGAUUAUAGCUCAAUGUAUGGUUUUCUUUUAAAGCCUUCGUGUGUGUGCUGCCUUUGCCUGGACAGGGUUUACAGGGGGAAGGCUUUUGCAAAGUGAAGAAUUAACAACCUCAGCUUCUGGAAGUUUUUCCCAAUCUUUUCCUCUGGUAUUGAAAGCUCUUUAAGUAUUCAUUCCGUGUCCUUGAUAUCCAGUUUGAGGUCUACAUACAAAUACAUCUUUUCUUGACCUUGAAAGUACCAAGAUAUUAAGACUAAUAACGUUAUUACAUAAACACAUUAGUAGUCCAAAAGUGACACGACAAGUUGCGUGUAUUACUACUACACUGAACCGAACUCAUUGGCUUACAUUCACGUCCAGUCAAUUCAGCCAUCCCAUUUCAAACGGAUUGGACGUCUUUCACCGUCAGUGAGGUAAAGUGGGUGUCAAGUAUACGGAAUAAACGGCUCUCUGUACGCUAGUCCUUGCUGAGGUGCUACACAACUCAUCCUGCCAUUAGACGGCAGCCAUGUGCAUGUUGAAAAAAAACUGAUGCCAAAUUCUUGUGUGUGCGCGUGUGUAGAGGCUCAUUCGAUGUUACAUUUGUUGUGGUGAUAAUUUAUGACGUGUACUCUUGAGGUGCGUGCGUGCGUGCGUGUUCUCAUCAAAGUGGGCGGACAAUCUUCCGUGCCCACUUAUUUAAUUCCCUCUCGAGCCGUGUGGUGCAAUACCUCAAAUUUUUACCAAUGCUAACUAUAUAAAAGCUCUCCGUGUGUGCGUGAACUACAUCAAGGAUGUGAUUUUGUAUGAAUAGACCCCCAGGUCUAGUCCCCUGUCAGACGCCACAGCUUUCAUCCCAGCAUAAAUGGGCAGUCUGAAAAAAACAAAACGGCGUCUUUUUAUUUAUUGAAUUGUAAAUAUGUAAUGCAGUUAAAAAAAUUGCUGGUCUUUGUCUGUUGGAUAUACUGUUUCUAAAGCUCCGAUCUUUUGUAUGUCUCAGAAAUUGUUUUUAUAUGUAUUUUUUACAAUAAAUGUGUGAGGAGAAACUGUGUGUGGCAUUUUUA